ACCCCUAAAACAAGCCGUGCCCCGCUGGUGUUGGAAUUAUGGUCUAUGUACUGGAAGUCCUAUAGUGGAAUAUGACAACAGAAUACGAAGGUAUUGGCUAUCACUUAAAACAGCUGGUGGAGCGUUUGCUUCAGCAGAACAUUCCAAACCAAGAAGGGGCCUAUGGAAACUUCAACUAUAGCCUCACAGGGAUGCGUCUGACCAGUGCCAAGCUGCCACGAGCAUCCCUCUACCCAGAGGCAUUGUUCACGCAGAGAGGGGCGCUGACUAUUAUAGGAAAAUAUGUCUUCCAGUAUAAUUCCUUCAUGACACAUUUUGCUGAAGGAGACUUUGAAGUACAUAUGACAGAGCUGUCAAUUAUUUUUAGACAAAUUCCAUCCCGAAAUUACAAUUCAGUGUCGCAGCAGCAAGCCGCCAUAAAUCCAGGAGAUGUGGAUCAAGAUGUGAUUGUGGCCUUUAUACGACAAGGGCGUAUAGAGUGUAAAAUAGGCAAAAUUAAAGCAAAGUUUCAUGGCGGAUCUGCUGGACUUUGUCAUUUUGUAUCCAAAUUUUUACUGCGUGCCAUGAGAACACAGAUAGAAAACCAGGUUGCAGGUUUUAUCAAAAAUCUGAUAAAAGAUGAUGAAGACAAAGCAAUCAUAGCUAUAUUAGGUCUGUUCGCACUCAACAGUGAAUCUCCUGAGGCAGCACAGCCUGACGAAGGUCGUGGCUUCAGGUCUUCCAUACGAAGGCUCUUUGGGAGGAUGCGAGGCAGUCAGCCUCAGGCGGUACACUAA